AUGCAUAUUUCUUUCAUUGUUUUCUGUAUUCUUUCAUUAGCUGCUUUAUCAUUUGCUUGGCCAAGUGGAAAUUAUGACAUUGAUUAUUCAUCUCCAGAUUAUGAUAAUGUUUAUAAAGCAAUGGUUAUAAAAGGAAAACGUUCACCAAGCAUUGGAUUGUCUCUUGCUGAGUACAUGGCCGGAACUCAAGGUGGAGACAAUUUUCAUUUUAUUCCAUCUGGAAGAAAGUAA